AAACGCAUGCGGACAAGCAUAUUAUCUUUGUUGACACAAAGUACGGUAGUACCAACGCAACGCUAUCUCGGGUCAAAAAGCAAUCUGAUAACGGAAAAUGGAGUGUAUAAUAUAUAUAUACAUGCACCGUUAGGAUUAUGUGGAAAAUUAAACGAAAACGCGUGUUUAUGAUCUCGGGAAAAAUAACAUCUCAGAAAACCCUGUUCAAUACGAGUUGGAACUUAUUCAAGUGUCAUAUAUAAAGAGUAUUAUAGGCGCCGCUAGAGUGCGGUAACCAUGGAAACCACGACCAGCGCGCUAGACAUCCCGGUCAACUACAUCCUCGGGCGCUGCACGUUCGGUAACUGGGACGACGAUGACGAGCCGACGACGACGACGUUGAGCGUCCUUAACGUCUGUUACGUCGUCAAGGAGCGCGUGGGGCCGUGGUGGAAGGGGGCUUGUCUGCGGCGCAUACGUCAUAAGCUCGUUCUCAGAGACGCUUGCAUGCACCUCAAGAGCGGUCAGCUCACUGCGGUUCUGGGGGGUUCCGGGUCGGGUAAGACCUCGUUGCUGGACUGCAUUGCCCAACGAGCUGACGGGACGGUGUCGGGCAAGGUCUACUUUAACAACAUGGAGUGCACGCCGGACAUUGCACAGAUCUACAUGAGCUACGUGAUGCAGGCAGAUCGUCUGUUGCCCAACCUGACGGUGCGGGAGACACUCCGGUACAGUGCGCAGCUUCGUCUCCCUGGCAACGCAUCCAACUUCGACAUCGAGGAGAAGGUUAGCAAGGUGAUCAUAGAAAUGGGGCUGCGUCACGUGGCUGAGUCCCGGAUAGGGGGCGGCAUCGUAAGGGGCAUUUCCGGUGGGGAGAAGCGGCGCGUAACCAUAGCGAUACAGCUCCUUCAGAACCCUAAGAUCCUUCUGCUGGACGAGCCGACUUCCGGUCUGGACAGCUUCACGGCGCGCUCUCUGAUCGCCUCCCUUCAGACGCUCGCCCACCAGAGCGGCAAGAUAGUCCUGCUCACAAUCCACCAGCCGCGCUCUGAGAUCUUCAAAAUGUUUGACAAGGUGGCGCUCCUGUCACGUGGCCAGAUGGUGUACUUCGGCGAGGCCUCCCAGAUGGUGGCCUACUUCUCUCAACUGAACUACAGGUGCCCUACUUACACAAACCCUGCAGAUUACUUCAUUGACCUAGCCAGCGUGGACCGACGCGACAAUGAGCGCCAGGGGGAGACGGAGGAGCGGCUGCGGGUGCUAGUGGAGGCCUACGGAAACUCCAUGUUGCACAAGGACGUAGUGUACGAGAUCAUUGAGGACACCAUGAAGCCGUCCACAGGACGCCAGAUCCUCGCGCAGAAAAUUAAUCACUUCCGGCCACAAAAUUCCAGCUUCUUCCGUAGUCUGUUCACCUUGUUACGGAGAAUGACCUUAAACGUGUUCCGGGACCGGACGAGCUACCUGUCGCGCAUGUUCCUGCUCUCCCUGUUCGUGCCGUUCAUCUGCAUCUUCCUCGGUCACUUAGGUACCAACCAGACCAGCGUUCAGGACCGCAUAGGGCUCUUGUACCAGAGCUCGCAGGUGCCCGCCUUUGUAGCGGCGCUAAACGCCAUUGGGUUGUUUCCGGUGCUGCGAGACCUCUACUACAGGGAAUGCCGGGACGGCCUGUACUCAGCCACCACGUUCCUGCUAGCCUACUUACUCCACAUCCUUCCCUUCACCAUUUUCAGUACCGCCACAUUCUGCAGCGUCGUCUAUUGGGUGACAGGUCUGCAGCCUCAGUCUGAGAACUUCCUACACUAUUCGGCGAUCAUCCUGUUUCUACACCUGUUCGGCGAGAUCAUGAGUGUUCUGCUGAUGGGCGCCUUCAUGAACCCAGCCCUGGCCACCAGCAACGCCAGCAUCAUCCUGUCGGCGUCGGGACUCAUGGCUUCCGGCUUCCUCAGCUCGUAUGGACACUUCUUCCAGGCAAUAUCUAUCAUUUGGUCGUCUGCUUUUAGGAACGUGGAGAAGAUGAUCCCAAUCUUCCAGUGGGCGGCCUGGGGCAAUAUCUUCAAGUACGCCGGGGAGAUUCUGGCCGCCAACGAGUUCCACAACCUGCAACUCACCUGCGGCAUAAACGGAACAUUUUGUCUGCCCAAUGGAGACAGUUACUUGAAGCUUGUAUAUCCGGACGCUGUGGAAAAUAUGACAAGGAACUUCUGGGCCGUGACUGGAUUCACUUCCGCUACUUUCCUCUGCGUCAUCGUCGUAUUCAAAAUACGAGGCAUUCCGAACCUCAGCUGAUAUGUCUAAAUGAGUCGGGCUUGCGGGGCAUGUUCGAGAUAAGUCGGAUGUGCCUGUCAGUUUCCCAGAUGCUCGUAUUUAAGAAAAACAAUAUUACCAUCCCAGCCAGUAGAUAUGAACAAUCAUAUGUUUUUAGCUCAUCUAUGUUAUGAAAAAAAAAUUGAGCUAUUGUCAUCACCUUGGCGUCGGCGUCGUUGUCGGCGUCGGCGUCCGGUUAAGUUUUGCGUUUAGGUACACUUUUCUCAUAAAGUAUCAAUGCUAUUGCAUUCGAACUUGGUACACUUACUUACUAUCAUGAGGGGACUGGGCAGGCAAAGUAAGAUCAUUCUGGCUUGCAUUUUGACAGAAUAAUGAGCCCUUUUUAUACUUCGAAAAUUCAAAAUUUGGUUAAGUUUUGUGUUUAGGUCCACUUUUUUCCUGGUAUCAAAGCUAUUGCUUUCAUACUUGCAACACUCACUAACUAUCGUAAGGGGACUGUGCAGGCAAAGUUAUGUAACUCUGACUGGCAUUUUGUCGGAAUUAUGGGCCCUUUAUACUUGAAAAUUUUGUUAAGUUUUGUGUUUUGGUCCACUUUACCCCUAAAGUAUCAUAGGUAUUGCUUUCACACUUGGAACACUCGCAAACUAUCAUAAGGGGACAGUAAAGGACAAGUUGCAUAACUCUGGUUGUCAUUUUUACGGAAUUAUGGCCCUUUUUUGACUUAGUAACUUUGAAUAUAUGGUUACAUUUUGUGUUUAGAUCCACUUUACUUCUAAAGUAUCAAGGCUAUUGCUUUUAAACUGUAAAUACUUUCAUGCUAUCAUGAGGAUGCUGUACCUGGCAAGUUGAAUUUUACCUUGACCUUUGAAUGACCUUCACUCUCAAGGUCAAAUUAUUAAAUUGUGCUAAAAUUGCCAUAACUUCUUUAUUUAUGAUUAGAUUCGAUUGAUACUUUGACAAAACAACUCUUACCUGACAUACCACAAUUGACUUCGUCCAAACCAUCCCCUACGCCCCUCCCACGCCCCCCGAAUCCCCUCUCAAGCCCCCCCCCCAUUAUUUUUUUUAAUUAAAGAUCAUCUAAUAAAUGACCACCACACCCUUACACCAAAACAAUAAUUUUUAUGCCCCCGGUAGGGUGGCAUAUCGCAGUUGAACUGUCCGUCAGUAUGUCGGUCAGUCUGUCUGUCCGUCCGAAAAGAACUUUACCAUUGGCCAUAACUUUUUCACUUUUUAAGAUAGCAACUUGAUAUUUGGCAUACAUGUGUAUCUCAUGGAGCUGCACAUUUUGAGUGGUGAAAGGUCAAGGUCAAGGUCAUCCUUCAAGGUCAAAUGUCAAAUUUAUGGUGUCUGUCCGUCCGAAAACUAUAACAUUGGCCAUAACUUUUUCAAUAGUGAAGAAAGCAACUUGAUAUUUGGCAUGCAUGUGUAUCUCAUGGAGCUGAACAUUUUGAGUGGUGAAAGGUAAAGGUGAAGGUCAUCCUUCAAGGUCAAAUGUCAAAUAUAUGGCGUCUGUCCGUCCGAAAACUUUAACAUUGGCCAUAACUUUUUUAAUAUUGAAAAUAGCAACUUGAUAUUUGGCAUGCGUGUGUAUCUCAUGAAGCUGCACAUUUUGAGUGGUGGAAGUUCAAGGUCAAGGUCAUCCUUCAAGGUCAUCCUUCAAGGUUAAAAAAAAUAAUCGAAGUGGCGUUCUCAUGAAGCUGCACAUUUUGAGUGGUGGAAGUUCAAGGUCAUCCUUCAAGGUCAAGGUCAUCCUUCAAGGUCAAAGGUCAAAAAACAAUUAUUUUUUUUUUAAGCGGCAUCAUCAUGAAGCUGCACAUUUUGAGUGGUGGAAGUGCAAGGUCAAGGUCAUUCUUCAAGGUCAAGGUCAUCCUUCAAGGUCAAAAGUCAAAAAAAUAAUUUCAAAGCGGCGUUAUCAUGAAGCUGCACAUUUUGAGUGGUGUAGGUUCAAGGUCAAUGUCAUCCUUCAAGAUCAAGGUCAUCCUUCAAGAUCAAAGGUCAAACAAAAUAAUUUCAAAGCGGCGUUAUCAUGAAGCUGCACAUUUUGAGUGGUGGAAGUUCAAGGUCAAGGUCAUCCUUCAAGGUAAAAAAAUAAAAAAAAAUAAUUCAAAGCGGCGUUCUCAUAAAGCUGCACAUUUUGAGUGGUAGAAGUUCAAGGUCAAGGUCAUCAUUCAAGGUCAAGGUCAUCCUUCAAGGUAAUUUUUUUUUUAAACAAAUCAAAGCGGCGUUCUCAUGAAGCGUUCUCAUGAAGCUGCACAUUUUGAGGUUUGGAAGUUCAAGGUAAAGGUUAUUCUUCAAGGUCAAUGUCAUCCUUCAAGGUCAAAGGUCAAAAAAAUAUUUUCAAGCGGCGUUAUCAUGAAGCUGCACAUUUUGAGUUGUGGAAGUUCAAGGUCAAGGUCCCAUAACUAUUCUAUUGAGAAAUUAUUUUAGUAAAAAAGCAUGAACCUAACGUUAGAUUUUCGUACCAUGGCAUAAGCAAUGUAUUGAAAUAAUUAAUUGAAUAAAUCACCUUAUUUAUCUUUUAAGCAAACUAAUUUUUUUUCUUUACAUUCCAUUUUCUGACGUCACCAUGGCGCCGUGCUGACGUCAUUUCCCGUGUUGUAAUGACGCUCUAGAUAUAACCCAAUAUCCAUGAGCUGAGGCAACAACAGGGCUUCUGUAAAAUGUGAUUAUUGUUAAGAAAUAUUUUGGUUUUAUUGGUUUCGAAUCGGAACACAAGUCUAUAUAAAUAUAUCUGCAUACAAUUGUAUUUGUUCAGUUCAUGACUCGAACUAUUUUUUUUUGUAGAGCUAAUAUUUUCCAAGUUUGCAUUGUGAUAUUCUAUGUUUGGAUCUUAACUGACAAAUAAUGUGUAUGUUUUUUGGUAAAAAAGCUGAAUAUAUUUUGAGAAAUCAUUGAUUGCAUGUUAUGAAGUAAAUGUACUUCCUUAUGUACAUUGUAUUUUCCAAAAUGUCUGUAUGCUAAACGUGAUGCUGGAAAUUCUUAGAGCAGGUGUCGUAGUAAUAAGAUUGUAUUAAGAUUGUUUUUCUCUUCUUUCGUAUAAAUGAAAAUGCUUUCUCAAGAAUCAUUAAAAUGUUUUAUUGAUUCUACAAUCCAUUACUAUGUUAAUAUCUUCACAUGUUUGUAUGAUUAUUUACAGUGAUUCUAGUCAACAUAUCAUCUAUUUCGUCUUUGGUACUGAUGAGCCCAGUGUUCGAUAGAUUUUUUAACAUUUGUUCUCUCUUCAUUUAUUGUUACAAUAAUAUACAAAUGAAUAAUAAUGGAAUCAAUAAUUAAAACAAUAACACCAAUAA